AUGAUUCACCCCUAUGCAUUGGCCGAUCACCCGCGCUCGCGCCUAGAAUCCCUCCCCGUAGAGAUCCUCCAAUUGAUCUUCUUGCACAGCCUAGAAAUCAACCUUCCGCGCGCCUCACUACAUCUCAGCCGUGCCCUGUCAAGCCCAGUGCUCUACACCUGGCUUAUUCGACUAGUCUUUAGCUCCGCCAACCCUGGCUCUCGCCAUGGAUUCUUCACUCCAGACUUCUUACCCCCACCUCUCGAUUUCUGGGAUCUAUCAUGGGAACAACGGCAACAUUUACAGACUACCCUGCUCGCAUGCCGGUGGUGUACACUCCCGCUGAUGCGGAAGUGUCAACGUGAAUACGUGGAUCAUGUUAUGCGACGGAAAUGUGCAGAUCUUCUGUUCUCCCCUGAAGACGAGGAGACAAUGAAAAGUAUUGCUCCUCGAUUCGACGAUCUAGGAGACUAUGAUCGCCCACGAAUAAACGAUCGUCGUGGAAAGGGCGAUCUGGUGAUCAAUGCCCAACUUCCAGAGAACAAAAGCAAGAGAAAAAGCCGAAAGGACAAAAAGUACCGCAGCUCAUCACGGAGCAAUAUUGAUCGCAAAAUCGCAAUUUGGUUCCACUACGGCGCAGUGCAAGUCCGUGAACCAAAUGAGGUAUACUACGAAAAUGACCUCUUCCGACUCCCCGCUUCGACUGCAAUCGGUCCUGGUCGAAUCCCUGAUAAACUACUUCAACCUCCGUGGUCGGAUUCCCAGUUCGACUUUCUUCAUCUUUUAUCUACGGACUUCUACGUAGAUGAUGACGAGUACUCCAAUUAUCGGUCGGUGGAGAUCACCAGUCGAUUAAUACGGAAGCGGGAACACGAGCCUUUUCGUCAGCUGCUGCAGAUGUCGUUUCGCGCUGCGAAUUGUCGUGUUCCUGAGCCAUGGCCGUUGAAAGGCUCACAUUAUCAAUUGGUGAGGCGGCAUGCGGAUGAGAAGGGAGAUCCUUUUGCAAGGGCGAUCUUGGAUUUGAGGUGGAAUGAUCUCAUGGCAGAUGUGGAGGGAGAUCUGUUGCGAUUUUUCGAACAGCAAGACGCUGAGCGGGAAUUGGAUUGA